AGGAAGUGGAGGAGGGAGGGGCAGGGAGGACAUGAGGAGACAGAAGAGCUCUAAAGGGAGCUAACCCAGAAGCGGGACUGUCCGAGAGAAGAAAAGCAAGUGAAACGAAAGGAAGCGGAUGCCGCGGGUUUACAGCAGGAAAAGCCGUGGAGACAGCCGAUUCGAGAAGCGGAGAUGCUUGCAUAGAACCCUCUCUUCCCUUCUCUCUGGUCAGCACCAUGUUUCUCCUGGUGACAAGCCUUGUACUGUGCGAGUUGCUGCACCCAGCGUUCCUCCUGAUCCCAGAGAAAUCAGCCUCUGGCCUCAAUGUGAGGUUCGACGCCAGGACGAUGAAUUUAACCUGGGACUGCCAAGAAAACACAACCUUCAGCAGGUGUUUCUUAAUUGACAAGAAGAACAGAGUCGUGGAACCCAGGGUGAGACCAAUUUCCUAUGCUCAACCCCUGUCCUUUACACAGCCCUGUCUGAGUUAAAAGCAACAGGACCGGCCGGGUGCGGUAGCUCACGCCUGUCAUCCCAGCACUUUGGGAGGCUGUGGCGGGUGGAUCACCUGAGGCCAGGAGUUUGAGACCAGCCUGACCAACAUGGUGAAACCCCGUCUCUAUCUACUAC